AGUUACGAUUGUGGGAGUAGAACAUAACGGCAAACAUUGACCAAUCGUUAAUAAGUUCCAAAAGUGAACGGGGGUAAAUCGUAAUUGCCGUAAAUAAAUGUCUACAUGAGAAAUGAGUAAUUUUAUUUUAUUUAUACAACAAAGAAGUAUAUUUGUAUGACAAAUGGGUGGAUGUUGUUCAGCACUGUUUGGUUGCUGCUGUGGCCCAGCCUCCUGUGGUCUGUGCUGUAGGCCCUGCAAGCCGAUCAAUGAGUCGACGGGAACCAGAAUGAUGUACACCAUAUUCCUCCUGUUAGGGUUCCUGAUGGCUUGUCUCAUGUUGUCACCGCAACUGGAGGAGGAACUCAUUGAACAUGUACCUAAGUUUAAUUCAACCUGCGUACAGCUUGGCUUAGGAGAGAACUGCAUGCGUUUGACUGGUUACAAAGCUGUGUACAGGAUAUGUGCAGGGUUGGUGGCUUUUCACCUGAUACUUAUGGUGGUGACAAUAUGUGUUCCUAAUAGCAACCAUUGGCGAGGACAUAUACAUAAUGGAUAUUGGCUUUUCAAGAUCAUUCUGCUGAUAGGUCUUUGUGCUGGGGCUUUCUUUAUUCCAUACUUCCAUGAAUUCGCGCAAUACUGGAUGUAUGUGGGUAUGGUAGGAGGGUUUAUAUUCAUCCUCUUUCAACUUCUCCUCCUUGUUGACUUUACCCAUGCCUGGAAUGCAAACUGGGUAAAUUUAGACGAGGAUGGAAAAAAGAGCACCUGUGGAUAUGUAGGGACACUAGCCUGUGCCACAUUGUUCUACACGAUCACCAUCGGCGGUGCAGUGCUGCUGUACUUCAGCUACACGUCGCUGACAGGCUGCGACACCAACAAGAUCUUCAUACUUGUCAAUGCGGGCCUCUGUGCUUUACUCUCCUUCCUUACUCUGCUGCCAAUCACCCAGAAAUGUAAUGAGAAUGCAGGCCUGUUGCAGUCCUCUGUGAUCUCCCUUUACGUGAUGUACCUGACUUGGUCUGCACUCACCAGCGAACCACCUGAGGAAAUCUCAUUUAUUGAGACGGUGCAGACGCGAAUUGCGAGCAUCAUGUCCAACCCAAACGCCAUCAUCGACCCCAAAGACUACACACUGGAUGAGCUGGAGGAUCCACAUAUUGGUCUGGCCAGUGGUCCAGGUGAGGAGAUGAUCUACACGCGGCUCAAGAACUCCACCCAGAUCUGCCGGCCCUCCGUGUUUGAUCCUGAACGUGAGAUGAUAGCAGCCUACACGGGUCUCUUCAUCAUGUUUGUCAUGGCUGUGUAUUCUAUCCUCAACACAUCUGGAGAUAGUCACAAGCUUGGCCUUCGACAUGCUGGAGAUGUUACUGAGAAUACAUAUGACUGCUGCUGCUGCUGUAAAGUAAGGAAAAGGCACAAUCCGUCAGAGCAUGGUGGCCAGCGUGUGGUGUACAAUGAGGCGGACGGUGUCAAGUACAGCUACUCCUUCUUCCACAUGGUGUGUCUGCUCUCCACGCUCUAUGUGAUGAUGCAGCUCACCAACUGGUACAGACCUGCAGAGACGGACUUGAACAGGGUCGGUCUCAACUGGGGUGCCGUGUGGGCUAAGAUGGGAUCCAGCUGGGCGUGUGUCAUCAUCUACGUGUGGACCCUCUUCCUGCCAAGUUGCUGGCUGGGGCGUGAUCCCCGGUUCAGGCGUCAAACCCCAGCCAGACGUAACCCCGGCCACGGUGAAGAAGAGAUGAGGUUGAACAUGGAGGAGCGGGAACAAGUUGUGUCCAGGGAGUCUGCAUUGUGAAAGUUAUUGAAUGAACCCUUUACCUCUUAGAUACCAGCCGCGCUCUUUAAACCUUUACCAUUAAGUUACAAGCCCCGUUCUCUGAAAAGGAGGUUGAAUGCAUCUGUGUAAAGUGUCGUACUAUAUUAGCCUGUGCAGUCCGCACAGGCUAAUCAGUGAUGAUACUUUCGGCCUAAACUUGAUUUUUGCAAAGAAGAGACUCUUGAAACUGAAAAUAUCAUAAAAGCAGAAAGUGUUGUCCCUGAUUAGCCUGUGCAGACUGCACAGGCUAAUCUGGGACGUCACUUUACGCACAUGCAUAAAAAAACUGACGCAUUUUUAGGCCCUUAGAAAGUUAAAUUUAAUUGAAGACAUUUCUUACUAGAUUCAAGUUUUAAAGGCUUUAUUUCCAACCCUUAGAUACUGAUGACAAACAGCAUACAACCUGAACAGGCUGCGAGUUACUGUUGUUUGCACAUGGAAAUUUUUUCUUUGCCUCUGAGUGGAAAAUGGUUAAGCAUGGGUUAAGGGUUUUAUCAUGACCAAGAUAUUGUUACAAUCCACCUAUAUGAUGCCAGUUCAAAAUGUUUGAAAGCAUGGUUUGUGGGCUUGUGCUAAAUAUGUAUAAGGGUAAUGGGUUGUGAUUUGUAUCAGACGUUUGUUGUUAUCCCUUAGCUUAGGUAUGAGCUGUUCAUGAUAACAUUCAAUGAUAUUCUUGCCAACAUUAGGCAAUUAUUUAUUUUGAGGAUGAUAUUGUUAAAAGGUAAAUAAUCACAGUUCUUCCACAUUGAACAAAAAUGCAAUCAAAAUUUACUUUAUUUUCAUUUUUUUUUUGUUAUUUGGAGUUCUGACAAUCAAACAAAGAUUGUUCAGAUAUUUUCAUUUUUAUAUCUUGUUUAUAAACUUGUUUAAGACAUUUUGUUGAUAUUGGGUGCUUCCAAUAAAAUGUUGUUAUUAUUUUUAUCAAAGUAUUUACCCUUUUAAAUUCCUGACUCUUAAGUUAAUUUCUCUGUUUGUUUGAUAUUUAGAAAAGAAUGGUAUUUACUUUUUAUUUCAAUUAAACAUUUAUUUCAAUUUUGUUAUAAUUUAGGUAGAUUAGGAACACUUAUUCAGUUUGUAUGCGAUUGUUUAUAGUUAUUUUUGUGUAUAAGGUUUUAAGUAUCUUAUAUUCCAAAAUCUCAUAAUUACGAUGAACAAUCAAUACAAUUACCAGUUGGGUAAUAUCUCAUUUGUUUGCCCAGUCACUAUGAGACUUCCUCAGAACCUAUUUGUAAGGAUAUCUUUGCCAGGUUUGAAUAUGGUACCGCUCCAUUGAAAAACAGGGGGGGUGGGGGGGGGAUUUUCCUUUUAUGUUUGUAGUGAAACUUUGGGAAUUCUAGUUAUUUAGAUCAGUUAAGUUCCUUUUGGUCUGAGUGUCUUAAUCCCUUUGUCCCUGUUGUUUUUACAUAAAAAAUGUGGACAUGUAAAAGUUUAGCCUGCACCAAUCAAAUAUUGGUGUUUCCUGCUCAAUAUUCUAUAUGUUACACAUGCCUGAAAUAGUUGUUGUUGUUUGUUCAGUAUAGAGUUGUGGGAAAUGAACAAUACUGGCUGUGUUUGUGAUAUGUAUGGUGUGUAAAGUGGUUUAUUUACAUUUAUAAAAAGUGCUAACAUAGCUGUAGGUUUUUAUGCCCCCGGUAAGGUGGCAUAUAGCAGUUGAACUGUCUGUGCGUCUGUCAGAAAACUUAACCAUUGACCAUAACUGUUGCAAUAUUGAAGAUAGCAACUUGAUAUUUGGCAUGCAUGUGUAUCUCAUGGAGCUGCACAUUUUGAAAGGUCAAGGUCAUCCUUCAAGGUCAAAGGUCAAAUAUAUGGCUUCAAAGCGGCGCAGUAGGGGGCAUUGUGUUACUGACAAACACAUCUCUUGUUUGACAUGUUAGAUUGGUAUAUUUUUGGUUUAACAGUUACCUUCAGGUAUUGAUAAUGAACCCAUCAUGUGUUCUGAAAACAACGAUAUGCCAUAAUAACUGUAUCGCCAUUUUCAUUGUAAAUUGUUUCCUGGUAAAGUUCUUUUUGUCUUUUGCAUCAAAGAUUACUAAUACUAUUAUCUUCAUUAUUUAUAUAUAUAAUUUUAUAUUACCAGAGAAAGCCCCAUUUCAAAUUUAUAAUUUACCUAUUAAUAUUACACCCACAGAUGUAUCUGGAUGACCUGAAGGAUUUUAAGUCAUUUGGAAUCUCAUUUUGUGGCUUAUUGAGAAUCACAUAAACGGCAUCAUGGAAAAAAAGGUUAUAUGUCAUACAGCAGUUAUAGCUCUAGAGCAGCCUGCGCAAUUGUGCAGUCUGUUGGGGAGACACUAUAUCUACUAAUGAGACCAUGAAACCUUGCGUGGGGAGACACUAUAUCUACUAAUGAGACCAUGAAACCUUGCGUGGGGAGACACUAUAUCUACUAAUAAGACCAUGAAACCUUGCCUGGGGAGACACUAUAUCUACUAAUGAGACCAUGAAACCUUGCGUGACUUUAUAGCCAACAGUGUAGCUCCUGACCAUAAUUUGGGGAUGUGCAGGCUGGUCUGGGGAUAUACUGGCUGCACAUAACAUAAGACCCAUUUUUGCAUGAUGCUGGUCAUUUCCCUUUUAUGUGCUCUUCCUCUCAUUUAGAGAAAAUUGUGAAAUGUUUAGGGUAAUGAUCUUCAAAAAUUGUUAAAAGGCUUUUCUUUUAUACUGGUAAAUGAAAUUGUUGAAUUUGUUUCAUUUAGGUGAAAUUUGUUGCACAUAAAAAUUUCAAUUGCAGCAGAUAUAUUGAGCUAUUUAACAUUAUUUUGUAUUUGUAUCAGAAUAAUAUAUUGUAAUAUAUUUUUCUUACAAAAGGAAUGGUAGAAAAGGUUUAUUUUUGACUCAACUGAUGUAAGGGCAAGAACUCAUAGUUUUACCAAAGCAAACAAAGUUUGGGAUGGAGUCUACCUGUUGAUGAGUUGAUUUGUCAGUCUGUCUGUACGUCUGCAUGACCAUAACUGAUGUGACAAUAACAUGUGGGGGUAUUAGUGAUAAUUGUGACAAAGCCCUUGUAAUAUUUGUUGUGUCCAUUCAUAGGAAUGAAUCUCAGGGACAUGGCAAGUGCAUUGCCUACCAGAGCAAGAAGGGAAAGCAUGUACAUAAAAUAACUGCUUUGUAUUGCCACUUUUAACAUUGAUAAUGUCUUCCGAAUUGUUUUUGUGUUUUUUUUAAUUGUAUUUCUAACAUUUUAUAAAUCAGCUAUUACUCUUAACAUAUCAAAUUAUGUUGUGCCUUUUUGCUUCUUUUUUAAUAGAAAAUGUAUUGGUCUUUAUAUGUUUUAUUUACUGCAUCAUAAAACUUAUAUGCUAUGAUCUGUCAUCUCAGCUGGUGGUCACAGCUAUAUCUGCUUAUGUCAUUCAGUUUGGUACCAAACAAAUUGCCACGAAGUUUUGAUAAUGCUGUGUAAAAUUCUUAGUGUUUAUUUCAAUUAGGUAUCUUGAGCAGUAAUCAGAGAUAAUUUGAUUCAAUAGGCAAUAUUUCAUUCUGAAGUUGUAUGUUAUCAAUUUUUAUAGGCACCUUUCCACUUGGGCAUAUUGUUUUUAUUUCAUGUUGUUGAACCCAAUUCCAAGGGUGUGCGAUCUAUGAUGGUGACCCAGUUUUGAUCUUUCUCAAAUAUUCACAAAUAUCUGCACAUUUUGAAAUACAAAAAUACAAUAAAAUCACCAUUAAAAUGUUAACUACCAAUAUUUAUUCAAUCAUGAUGAUUGAACAAGCACUAAUGAAAUAACAAUGAAUAAUAAGUGUGUAUGUUAACCUUAAUACACUAAGCAGUAUAGUGACCUCAUUGUAUUUAUUUUCAUGAGGUCAUUUCACUUAACUAGCACUCAUUUGAUUUCUCACAAUAGCAACUUCUUAUCUAUUUGUUUUCUUGUACGAUUGAGCAUUUAGUCUUAAUUCUUACAUGAUUCUAUGAUAAUUUUGUAAUUCUGCUCUUGCAAUUUUCUUAGAAUUAGAACAAAAUGUCUUGAUCAAACUAUAAACAUUGAAGAAGGAAACAGUCGAUAUGUUUAGCUCAAAAUUAAAAUUAUGUUUCUCAUUUCAUUUGCCAAAAAUGUCUCCCCAUAUCAUUUCAAUUUCAAAAUAAUGUUCACAUGUUAAUUUCCGGCCAAUAAACAUCUCAUUGUCAUUCAUAAUGAACCAAACUCCAAAUAAUUGCUUACUGGCUCUGUAGAUGAAUCUUUGAUGACAGUGUGUAUGUGCCAUGACUGGGUGCCAUUGGUACAAGUUGUGCAAUACCCAGGUAUACUUAAAUAUUAUAAUUGGGACCCAUACAAUAUAUACUGACAACAUUUUGUUUGGGACCCAUACAAUAUAUACUGACAACAUGAUGAUUGGUGAUUGUUUUGAUUUUUAAUUUGCAUGUAUCAAUAUGUUUGCUGGUUGUGUUUUUAUUGCUUUUUAAUAUUUUGAAGUAUCGUUAGAAAUUGUCUCCUUGCGAUGAUAUAACUGUACAUUACUAACAAUUAUUGCAUCUAUAUUGUCUAUGAUGACAACCAUGUUUGGGUCAAUAUUUCAAACCCUGGUUUCGUAAUGUAGUAGGACAAUGUCUUAUGGAUAUGAUGGAUUUUUGUUAAGCUAAAAAAUGUAUCCCAUGCUUGUUCCUGUAAAGCUUUAGACUAAUUAAGUGGUACAGUUUAAUGUCUUGAGUAAAAUAAUUAGAACAAAAUAAACAAUGACUGUGGAAAGAUAUAAUUAUCUUUUUCAAUGACUUGACAGCAUGAUUGGUUUUAUGGGUAAUAAUAAUGUAAUAAGAUUUGUCUUCCAGUGUAGCAAGGAAUCUUUAAUUGCUUUUAACCCAUUUAUGCCUAGCGUCUAGAAAAAAGGCCUUGGCAAACAGCGUAGAACCAGAUGAGAAGCCGCAUGCCAUGGCGUCUCAUCAGGGUCUGCACUGUUUGCUUAAAAGAAUUUCUGUAAAAAAUAUUCUAAAUGUAGAAAUAAAUAUACUAGACAUCCCUAAUUUUGGAAAUAAAUUGAUCCAAUUUAGAAGGAUGGGAGAGUCCACUAGGCAUAAAUGGGUUAAAUUGAUUAUAAAACAUGGAAAAACGUCCCGAUGCUGCUUAGCAUACUUAAGUUUGUGAUCUUAUAGCAUUUUGUGUAAAAGGAAGAAGGGUUAAAAUCUCUUUGAGAAAGGACCAGUUAAAUAAGUAUGUGUAAACAAGUCUCGAUUUGACAAGUAAUUCGUGUGUCUUUCACUAAUAUAAUUACUACCUCUGUAACACAAAACAAAUAAUAAAUAACACAAUUAACAAACAAUCAUGGAGGUUGAUAGUAUUAAUUGUUUUAUGAUUCAUGUCUUAUGUCCAAUGUUUUUAUAUCACAGUCUUCACAUAUGUAUCUAGAAAGUAUAUACCAUAUUAAGGGCCAACUAGAUUGGUGUAAUAUUAUUACAAUCCUAUGUACUUUAAUUGAAUAUGUUAUAUAUAAAGAUGCAUGUAUUACAAUUUGUCUUAGUUUUCCUGUUAAUAUUACUUUUUACUUGUAAGCAUGUGAUGUUGUUCCUAUAAUUCAUAAUUAUCAUUAGAUAACAAUAUAUUCCAUACACUCAUGUCAAUCUAAUGUGCAUUUAAAUGUAUUUAAAUUUUGUUUGUAAGUAAAUCCUUUUUUAGAUAUUGUUACACUUGAUAAUUAAAAAAACAACAUUUUUCCAGAAUGAUUAAGUUAAAUCUCUGUAUUUGAAUCAUUAAUGUUAUUGUUUUUAAUCAUUAAACAAAGCUUAAGUUACCCGUUAUAUUUAAAGUUGCAAUUAAAAAGACAAUAUUUUCUUAAACUUUGUUGAUAACCUCUGUAGUUAUCAAGUGUAAAAGGAGCGAUAUUCUGUAAGGCAUACAAUUACUUUAAUAUUUUAGAGUUGUUUGAUAUUUUUAUUACUUCAUUAGUUGUACACUCACUUUAAAUUUUAACCUUAUUAUGUUUGCAUGUUGAUACAUUUAAAUUAAAUUAAAAAAAAAAAAUCUGUGUUCUUUAUCUACCUGGGUGGAUAUUGUAAAUUAAAAAUGACAAUUGUU